AUGUAUAAAGAUGACAUUCAAGAUGUCAGGUUGAAGCCCACUGUGAUCAACGUGUUAACAGUGAACUGGACCACCCUAUGCUAUUUGGGUAUGCUUUUUGUGGUUGGAAUAAGAGCAGCAGAAUUGGAUUGCAGUACUGCGGCGGACUGUUUCGCACCAUUAUUUAGGGUCACCAAAAAUAUAAAUUAUUGGGUCGCCAUGUAUAAAAUAUAUAUUUAAAGGAUAUUUAAAAUUAAAUGUUUACUAGAGAGUCACGACAAUAAAAAUUUGAGAAACACUGAGGUACCCGAUGAAUGUAAAGUUUAUUAUCAGCACCUUUUUGGCAAGUAUAUGGCUUUUUGACAAAUAUAUUUUUGAAGGUUUUAGUUAUCUUUACAGGAAAUUGCCAAAGACCGUCAAGGCAAUAUGGCGCACGAUAGUCAUAAGGUAAGCGUGUAUACUCGAAAAAUUAUUUAACAUUAAACAGUUCAAUUAUUUAUUAUUUUUUAAUGUCGAAUGCAUGCAGCAAAUUUACGCGUUCCAUACUCAUCAUCGCUGA